CCACCCCCCGCCAAACUCCGAGCCCGGUAGUUCCGUUUCCGGCAGCACCAGAUAAGUCGCGGGAGGAAAGUUAAAACCUGCUGUUUGCAUUUAGGACCACUUCGGUUCACGAUGGUCCGUAGUGGGAAAAAUGGUGACCUUCAUCUUAAGCAGAUUGCCUACUAUAAGCGCACAGGUGAAUAUCAUCCAACUACACUGUCAAGUGAGAGAAGCGGCAUAAGACGAGCAGCAAAGAAAUUUGUCUUCAAAGACAAAAAGCUGUUUUAUGUUGGAAAAGACAGAAAACAAAAUCGUCUGGUAGUUGUUUCAGACGAGGAAAAAAAGAAAGUCCUAAGAGAAUGCCAUGAAAAUGGCACUGGUGUUCAUCAUGGAAUAUCCAGAACUCUAACUCUGGUGGAGUCAAGUUACUACUGGACUUCUGUGACCAAUGACGUCAAACAGUGGGUAUAUGCUUGUCAGCAUUGCCAAGUAGCAAAAAAUACUGUUCUGGUGGGACCUCAGCAGCACCUUCUCACAGUGGGAAACCCAUGGAGUGUAGUUACUGUUGAUCUGAUGGGACCUUUUCAUACAAGUGACAGAAGUCAUGUGUAUGCUAUAAUUGUGACCGAUUUGUUCACAAAAUGGAUUAUGAUUUUACCUUUAUGUGAUGUUUCAGCGUCUGAAAUUUCUAAAGCUAUUAUCAAUAUAUUUUUCUUAUAUGGACCUCCUCAGAAAAUAAUAAUGGACCAAAGAGAUGAAUUCAUUGAACAGAUCAAUACAGAACUGUAUAGAUUGUUCGGUACAAAACAGAUUGUAAUUUCUCAUGCUUCUGGAAGUGUCCAUCCAUCCGAGAGUACACCAAGCACAGUCAAAGCCUUUCUCUCCAAAUACUGUGCCGAGCACCCCAACACCUGGGAUGAACACCUGCCAGCGCUUUCCUUUGCCUUCAAUGUGACGCGCUCAGAGCCUACUAAGAACACACCGUUUUUCCAAAUGUUCAACCGGAAUCCAUGUGUGCUGGAGGAGUGUCCUCAUGAAGCGGCUGGUGAAAAUACAAGCGUGUUUGCCAGAAUCGUAGCUGCAGUUAAAGAGGCUGAUGCAGUACUGGAGAACAAGACACCGUCGGCCGGCCAGAUGGAGAAAAACAAUUUGGAUGAACUAAACAAAACCAAGCGUGUUAAAAAGAAACCAAAGCAGUUAAAUCCUUUUCACUUAAAAGUGGGUCAUGAAGUUUUAAGACAAAGGAAGAACUGGUGGAAAGAUGGCCGAUUCCAGUCUGAAUGGAUUGGUCCUUGUGUCAUAGACUAUAUUACAGAAGGUGGAUGUGCUGUCCUGAGAGAUAACACCGGGACCAGGCUUAAAAGGCCUAUCAAAAUGUCCCAUCUUAGACCUUAUGUGAGAGAGGCCGCUGAGCAAGACAGUCUUUAUCUCUUACAAGGUUCGGUAGUAGCAGAUCAUGACUACAUUGGAUUACCUGAAGUCCCAGUUGGAGCAUACCAGGCAAAUAUUCUGGUAGAAGAUGCAACUAUUGGUGUAGCUGAUAAUGAGUUAUUGGCAUCAAGCAAGGAUCAUGAACUCUUGGAAUACAGAAAUUCCAAAAUCUCUGCAUUGGUAGAGGAUAACAGUUCUCUUGAGAAACAGACUUUCAGUUUGCUAGAUUCUUCAACUCAAGUUCUUGAGUACUUAAGUUAGUAAAUGCCAAAAUUAAUUUAAAAUGCUUGCUUAGAAUGUAUAUAGUCUUUGGUUUUAAGCACUUUAUCUAUUCGAGUAGGCUGUAUAGAAGAAAUUUCUUAGUACAAUCUUAUUAAAAUAUUUUUAAGGCUUAUUUUAAACCUAUGUAAAGUUGUGGCACAUUUGAAUAUAAAAAAAUAUAUGUAAUAGAAAUAUACAUUGCUUAGAAUUCAGGAAUCUCAGACAACAGACAAAAUCCAUUUGCUUCUUUGGAAAUAAAUUCAAAGAAAAAAUUCUCAAACCUUUUUCUAAUAUUGGUACUGCACUUUCUGUUCUAGUUUUUUUUUUUUCAGAAAUAUCUUUCUCUUUGAAGUAAAUUUAAACUACUUUUGGCUUAGUUAAUAAAUACUGAGUGAACAAUAACAUGAGUGAAACAUUUUUUCCUGUGACAUCAGAACUUUUUAGUUUGUAUUUAUAGAUUUACUUUGGUGUGGUGUGGUGGUGUAUGUCUGUGUGUGUGUGCAUGCGUGUGUUUCUAAUGUGGCUUUGUGCAUGCGAGUACAGUGCCUGUAAAGACUAGAAGAAGGUGACGGACACUGAAGCUGAAAUUACAGAUAGUUAUGAGCCAGCCAGUGUGAGUAUUGGGAACCAAACUUGGAUCUGCUGCGUCAGCAGAAUACAUUGUAGCCAAAAGGCAAGUGACUGUCAGGGGGAGAACUAAGUCUCUGACAUCAUAGUUCAGACCAAAGAAAAUUGCUGAUAGAAUUCUAGAAAGAAACUGUAAAAGGAAAAAAAAAAGGUAUGAGUGUAGUACCCUUUUCCUGCUCUCCUCAGCAGAACACGGUCCAUGAAGGGCUCCUACUGCAGUGCCUCCGUGGAAAAUGAAGUGCUUGUGUCCUUUCUCAUCUCAGUGAAGUCACUGUCCUCUGUUUCUUUUAGAGAUCAUCUAACUUGAAAUUGGCCUAUUUUACUUGUUCUAUUUAAAGAGGCAUGUUAGCAUUCAGAGUCAUUUCUGAGUCGCAGAUUCUGAACAGCUAAAAAUAAAGUUUUCCUUUCCUAAGUAAUCUCUCAUCAGAUUUUUGUUAUGUGUGUAUGAGUCAUAUCAGGCUACAUUGUUCUUCAUGCAAAUUAUCCCCUAAUCUUAGUAGCUUAAAACA